UCUUGACAUGCCAUGAAACACCAAGAGAGGGAGGAGACAAAAAAACCCAAACAGGAAAAACCGGAGAGCAUGAGAAACGGAGAGAUGGAGAGAAGGAGGUGUGAGGUAUGAACGGAGGGUUGUAAAGAGCUGAGGGCGUGAGAAAGGAAAAGAGAAUUUCAUGCUGAAGUCGCAGGGAUCGAUGCCUACAAUCUUAAAGAGAAGAAUCUUGUCAGUUUCUUCUUUGACUCAUUCCUUUUCCCUCUUUCUGAUUUCUGACUUCACAGCUCCACGAUCUCCAGGAGAUACUUAACCAUGGAUCCUCUUCUUCCCUUUGGCGUUUCAUUCCCUGCAACAAGAAGAUCAUGACAAAUCCAAAAAGAGGAAAUGAAGAGGUACAUCAUUAGCCGACUUCUGUGAAAUUCUCUGACUUCACUUCUCGUCAGAAUUACACCUCAAGACUUUCAGGAGAGGAACAGCCACUGAUAACAAUCUCCUGAUGCAAUACUUUCGGGAACUGUCAGUGUGAGGAAAAAACCCCUAUCUGUCACAAAACAGAGGUGUCAACACCUGCAGAAAAACCCAAGAGUCGGAGUACAUUUUACUGGAAGAGCAUGGGACUAGGAGUUCAGAGCAGUGAGUUGUUGCCUGGAAGUCAAACCCCCAGGAACAAAUGAGUAGCAGUGGAUUUGGCAGUAGCCCUAGCCUGCUCCAGGGCCGGCGUUUCUACUGCCGGGAAUGGGCCCUGGAGAAGCUGCGGCACAGCCUGGACGCUCGCUCUGUGCCGGGGCAGCCGCCGGGGGUGCUGGUGACGGGGGUCCCUGGGGCUGGGAAGACCGCCCUGUGCACUGAGGUGGUGUGGCCCACCUCGAGAGCAGGGGUGGCCGUCGGGCUGGCCCCCCGCUGCCUGGCCUCGCACUUCUGCCAGAGGGAGGACCAGAGGAGCACGGUGCUGUGGAAGUUCGUCCAGAGCCUGGUGGAGCAGCUGAGGGCCUCCCCGCUUCUCCCUGCUGGGUACAAAGAGAGCCUCAACAGCACCUCUGUAGCCUCCUCUCUGGAGCCCAUCAACUGCCAAAAAGACCCUGAUGACACCUUCAAGAGAGCAGUGCUGGGGCCCCUGUUAGACCUUCCUCCUCCAGCCAAGACUCUGAUGGUGUUGGUGGACUCCCUGGACGUAGGCUAUGGGACAGGUGAAGAAGGUGCGAGGAGUAACUCCAUUGCACAGCUCCUUGCUGCAAAUACACACCUGCUACCCAGCUGGCUGCUGCUGGUCUGCUCCAUCCGCCGCAACAACAAGGCGCUGUGCAAGAUGUUCUCAGGUUUUCGUAGGCUCUGUCUGGAUGACCUCCGCAAACCCCCGCCCGUCCGGGACGUGCAGCAGUACAUCCUCUGUCGGCUGGAUGAAGAUGCGACACUUCGCCGUCAGCUCACCCCUGACACGGCUGACAUGCUGAAUCUACUGCACAUCAAGAGCGGUGGCUGCUUUCUAUUCCUCGAGCGUGUGCUGGAUGGUGUGGCAGGUGCCCUGGUGGGUCUUCGGGAGAUCAGAGACAUCCCCGGGACUCUGAAUGGCCUCUACCUGUGGUUGUGCCAAAGACUGUUCCCCCGGGGGCUCUUCGUCUAUGUCAGGCCUCUCCUCAAUAUCCUAUUAGCUGCCCCGAGGCCCCUUACCCCUCAGCAGCUGUUUUCAGCAGCAUGGACGCAUGACACACUGCUCAGCCUCCAGGACUUCCAGAACAAGCUCCGAACCCUCGCACCUCUCCUGAUCGAUGGCCCUGAUGGCACCAAAAUACUUUUUCAUGCCAGCUUUGCUGAGUGGCUCACAGAUGUUAAAUAUUGCACACAGAAGUACCUCUGUAGCACGAAAGAGGGUCACAGCAUGCUCGCAAUGGCUCUGACUUUGCAGGGACCUAAUCUGGACAAUGAGGACACUUGCCAGCUUGCCACACAUUUAGUUUGCUCAGGUCUCCAUAAAGAUAACCCCUCAUUAUUGGCACUGUGGAUGCUGUGGACAGAUGUGCCUGUUCUUACUUCUAGCGGUAGAAGUAGCCUCUCCUUAUCAAUAACCCAGCCUCCUGUUCUGGUCAGUCAAGAAGUCCUUCAGCUGUUAAUUAGGAGUGGGCUCGUCCCUGCAGCCUGUUUUUCAGAUGCAGAUACAAGUAUUGGAGUUCAUUGUACAGGUGAAGAGAUAAGUAGUUUAAGACAGGCUUUUGAAAGGGAUGUGUCUGUAAAGAAAAUGCUAGGCAGUGAGGUAGCUGUACACCAGCCCGGUUCCACAGAUGGACAGGCCUUGCUUGCCAGUGCAGCCCAGGAGGGUUCUGCAAAUGUAGUUGAACUUCUCCUGACAUACAGAUAUGAUCCACUGGUCAGUGACCAACAGGGUCAAACUCCACUGACUUUGGCUUCCAAGCAGGGUCAUGUCAAAGUGUUGUCUGUGCUUUUGGAAUGGACCAGGAACCAAGAUCCAGAAAAUGCAGUGCGGAUGAUGGAGCAUGUCGACAAUGAAGGCUGGACUGCCCUGCGCUCUGCGGCGUGGGGGGGCCACAGCGAGGCUGUCCGGCUUCUUCUGGAUGCAGGGGCCGAUGUAGAUGGAUGUGAUGCUGAGGGCAGGACUGCUUUAAGAGCUGCUGCGUGGGGAGGACAUGAGGAAAUUGUCCUGACACUGCUGGACUACGGGGCACAGGUAGACAAAGCAGACAGCAAAGGUCGCACACCGCUAAUUGCUGCUGCCUAUAUGGGGCAUCAGGAAGCUGUGGAGAUAUUGCUGAACCACAAUGCAAAAGUUAACUUGGCUGAUGGAGAUGGGCGCAGUGCUCUGUCAGUCGCUGCCCUCUGUGUCCCUACAGCAGCAGGGGUCAAAGGUUAUGGGGAGGUAGCAAGUCUAUUACUGGAGCGUGGAGCAGAUCCAGGACACCGAGACCAUGAUGGAAUGACACCAUUGCUUCUUGCAGCCUAUGAGGGCCAUGACGAUGUUGUUGAACUUCUGUUAGAAGCUGGUGCUGAUGUAGAUGAGACUGCUGGCCCUAAUGGCAACGUCUCCGCUGCAGCUGCUGUUACUCCCCUGCUGGCAGCCUCAGCAAUGGGCCACAUGAAGACAAUAUCACGGCUGCUUUUCUGGGGAGCAGCUGUGGAUGCAAUUGAUUGUGAAGGAAGGACAGCACUCUGCCUAGCAGCAGCAAGAGGCAGCUUUGAGGUUGUCCGCGCCCUGCUGGACCGAGGCCUGGACGAGAACCACAAGGAUGACCUUGGCUGGACUCCACUGCACGCUGCAGCCUGUGAAGGCCAUCGGGCUGUGUGUGCUGCUUUGACAGAGAGAGGCAGCAUGGCACGGGUUGGAGAGAUGGAUAUUGAAGGACGAACCCCUCUCAUACUGGCUGCCCAGGAAGGUCACUGGAGCACUGUCAGGCUGUUGUUGGACAGACGUUCUCCUAUUGACCACAGGGCGUAUGAUGGACAUUCUGCCUUGAGUGCCGCCCUCCUGGAGGGCCAUACUGACGUUGCGGAACUGCUUAUGAGAAGAGGGGCCGAUACCGAUGUCCGGGAUGCAGAAGGAAGGCCUCUGCUCUACCUCCUGGUGUUGGAGGAUCGCCUUGAAAAGGCAACUCUCCUAAUAGAGAAAGGUGGGGUCCCGCUUGAGUCCCGAGACUCUGAGGGACGUACAGCACUGCAUGUUGCUUCCUGGCAGGGGUGUGUGGAGAUGGUUGACUUACUGUUAAAGCAUGGGGCAAACCCCAAUGCACAGGAUACAGAGGGGAGACCACCAAUGCAUUCGGUGGCUUGGACAGGACACGCUGAAGUAGGACGUCGUCUCCUUGAAGCCACUGGUGUUGAUAUAGACCUGACUUGUCACCAGAGGGCAACAGCUCUGAGCAUCGCAGCACAGGUGGGGCAGGCAAAUAUUGUUGGAAUGCUUCUGGAAAGAGGUGCAAAUCCCAAUCACAUGGAUAAAUACGGCCGCAGUCCAGUCAAAGUCGCUGGGAAAUACGGGCACUUUAAAAUUGUCAGGUUAUUGGAGAACUACGGAGCCAAACCAUAUGUAGGCAUGUAUUCGAACUCUAGUAAUGCAUCCCCUGUAAAACCUAACCAGAUCCUUUAUUCAGGCAUGUUGGAAAGUAAUGGAGUUGAAUUCACCGCUGCUACCUCCCUCUCCUCAAUAUCUUCCCCCGGUUCCACAGCAGAGCGAUUCCACUCAAUGCACAGCUCCCAAACCUCAUCUACUGGACACUCUCGGGCCACGAUGCAGACGGUGCCAGCUGACAGCCUCAGCUUUAUUCAGCAGAUCCAACAGCACUCCCUUCCCCGCAGUCGUAGUCGUCCCUCCACCCUCCCCCCACCAGGGAGCUCAGGCAUGGGUAGCAUCCAUGGAAGCAUCCACAAGCAUUCUAAAGGCAGCCCUCCUACCACUGUUUGCACAGUCGCUGCCAAGCUGCACAACUGUGAACUGACUCAGAAAGGCUUGUCGUCUGGACUUGAAUAUCACGACAAAAUGAACAAACAAAACUCGAACUUAAUAAAAGCUGACGGGACUGUUUACGAUGGUGGCAAAUGGCACUCAGUAAUGGCUUCCCUUGGGAUAAGGCCAGGGCAAGAUAGCCCCAAAAACCGAGAGAAUCCUCCUCUGGGCUACCCUUAUAUGUUACAGAGACCACUGCAAGGGGAAGCUUGGGAUUCUAUACCCCAGAAAAACAUUGUGUCACCUGUUUGCUACAGUUUUACCACAGACCCACCUUGUAGUGCCUUGCCUGAAGACGGUAUGGUCAAUAUGACAACCACAGACCCGCAGCUUAAUCUGAAACAGGCCAUCAAACUGCAGUUUGAGGGUCCUACCAGUGCAGCCUUAUAUAAGAGAGAGACACCCCUGUGACUGGUGCUCCACAACAGAGACUAAGUUGGUUUUUGCUACACUGUCUUCACAAACUCUUUUAUUUAACUGUUUUUUAGUCUGGUUUUAGUAAGUGUUGCAACAAUUAGAUCAACAGUAAGGUUUAAAGAAAUUAAUUUGUCAAGUAAAACUAUAUACCAAAUAAUCUGGUUCAUCUCCAAUGUGAGGAUUUGCUACUUAUUUGUUUUUUUUGUUAUUUAAAAUUAUUUUAUUAGCGUCAAAAGUCAUUUUUUUAUUUUAAAUAUAUAAUUGGCGGAUCAAUUGAUAAUUAAAUAAAUCCUUAGUUACAGCCUCAGUGUGGGUAUAUACAGCUUAUUUUGCAGUUCCAAAACAAAAAUAGAAGUGUAAUGUUUUGUUUAAGUUGGACUUUUUUUGCUGUUCAAAGAAAAAGCAGUUUCCGCUGUAUUCAAUUACUUCCUUGGUUCAGCGGGAGAGAUCUCGCUCCCAACCUCUUCAAAAAUCCAGAGGAAGAAACAACCGAAUGACAAAGCUUACAUUCCUGCCUUUCCGUUUACUGUUGUUUAUGUUGAGCAGGGCUCUCAGAUCACGCUUAUUUAUUUCUCUCAUCUAUGUUCAUUUUCAACGUUGACCUCAUUCAACAAUCCAUAUUUUUAAACAGAAAAGUUAAGGUCGAGUUAUGUUAAAUACAUUUUUGCAAGUAACGAUAAGCACUAAAUUAACUUGUUUAAGAGCAUGCUUGUGGCCUUGAUCUUUUUUAAAGCCUUGGAUAUUUACUUUAAACUGGCCGUGGCCCUCUAUAGGUCCAUUGCUGACAACCAAAAACAGUUUGCAUAAAGAGCAAGCCCACCAAAGUCUAAACAGGGUUUAUGAUACAAACUCAAAAAGACAGCCAAGUGUACUGAACCAACUUGGCUCCCUCACAGUAUCUGUGUCUGUGAGCAAGCAGGAAGGAAAGGGAACAUUGGACCAAAACAACUGAGGGAGGAUGUGGGAGGAUGGUUGAUUUCAAACUUGUUUGUCGACUAAAGACGUUUCUAGUACUUUAUCAUUUUUGUUGGAUUCAUAUUUGAUUACCUUCAUUCAUUAAAGUGGCAAGUGGUACCAUAAAAUUGUCUAACUCUU